UUGGGAAGGAGACAGAGCAGUGCUGCUGCAGCAGCUGGACCGACAAGGACCAGAACAACACCGGGCCUGCAGACUAACCGACUGUUAUAUCACCGUCAAUCUACUCAGUGUCCACCUUCUCAGUCCGCUAUGAGGGACUACUCAGCCACUCCGAGCCGAGGAGGCGCCUGCAUGCCGUGCUGUCAGGUGUGCGUGUUCGCCUUUACCGCAUUCCUCAUCGUUGCAGAGAGGACGGCGCUGCUCUAUUGCUUUGGGUACUAUCUGUGGUCGGGUCACAACUACUGCUAUGCCUAUCUUGCUGGCUUCACUGCACUGUUCCUGCUGCCAGGUUGGGGUCCUCAAUGGCUCAGUUAUCUGUGGUACCUGUCAGAUGGACGCAUCCGCAGGAAGUCUCUCACCUGGACACACGUACUGCACCUUGGUAUCUUCAAAAGGCUGUGGGAGUGCAUGUGUCUGCCGGACGAGGAUGUGUAUUGUGAGAUCAUGCAGCAGGCUGAUGCGUCUGCCUUACGUCUGUUUGAGGCCCUGGUGGUCACCCUCCCUCAGACGUUGCUGCAGACCUAUGUGCUCAUCUGCACUGAUAUAGGAAUCAAAUCUCCAGCCUCGGUGUGUUUCGUGGUGUGUUUGUUAUCUCUGGCCUGGGCCUUGGUCCUCUACGCCAGAGCCUGUUCACUCAUCAGACCGGGACACCUACAGAUGACCCCGGCUGCCAUACUCUGUCGACUUCUGUGGAGGGUCAGUAUGUUGGGAUCUCGGUUUGCCGUUCUCAUGCUCUUCACACGUAUCUUCAAACAGUGGAUUCUGGGAGUCAUUGGUGUGCACUGGCUGGGUGCAACUUUCUGGAUUGUGUCUCAGCAGAGCGACAUCAUACGUUCAACUAGUCGAUGGAGAAUCUUCAACCUCUUUCUGGGAGCCAUUCACAUCUUCCUUUUCCUCAAUGUGAAGUACGGUCAAUCCAGAUACCGCAUGGCUGGCUUCUACCUGGCCAUGUUCUUAGAGAACGCUUUUCUUCUUCUGGCCUCCUCAUGGUUGUUUACUAUGGUGUCCUGGCAUACUGUGGGAAUCCCAGCUGCAGCCUUCUGCAGCUUCCUCAUUGGAGUGAUAGCGUUGGUGCUGUACUAUCGUUUCCUCCACCCUAAGUCCUUUGAGAUUUUCCAGAGUAUUCGCCACAGGGGGAUCGGUGGAGCCUGCACAGAGCGUGGAUCUACGCUGUCAUUGGAGGAGAAAGUCACACCCACUUUCAAUCGCCACUCAACACUGUCUGGAGGUGGGACCCUCAUGGAUCUCCCUAUCCAAUGGGAGGGCUGGAAACAUCACCACUGGCUGCUGAUUCGCCUGGCCAUGAAGACGGGGGAUGUAACUAAGAUCUGGUCGUCGUAUGGCGAGGGAGGACUGGCUGGACUGAUGGGUCUGUCUGAAGAAGUUCACUCCCCUGAUGAACCUCAUGUCCCUCGGGCUCCACUUAUUCCGCCGCAGGUUCCUCAGAUCUGUCAACCAGCUCCUCAACCUGCUCCACCACAGGUCACCCAGGCUCCACAGGUGAAAGAGGUGGUCAAGCCACCACAGCCGGCUCCCUCCAGUGUCAUAGCCAGACCAGUGAGAAAAGCUCCUCCAACAACAAUCCAUGAUGUUAGAAGUUUUCCAGAGAUCAUCCCGGUCCAGGAGGUCAUCUUUGAAGAGUCUGGAGAAGACCUGUCCAGCGCUCAACCCUCAGAAAAAGGUGACGAGGAGUUUCAGAGUGCUGCUUACGGCUCACCAUCACCUUCAUCUCCGCGGCUAACAGGCAGCCUCCGCCACGUUGACAGCAACGCUGCGUCCAUGACCGAAGUGUCGUCCUCCGUAUGUUCCCUGGACAUCAAGACUCCCGGCUGGUCGCCUGAGCGACAUUCCCCCUACCUGAUUGCAUCCCCAGAGAAAAAGCCAUCGCUCCCUGGAGAGUCCAGCACUACACUGUACUUCAGCGCGGAUGCACAGUCUCCCUCCAGUGGGAGCUAUCUUGGCUGGGGCUCCGAGUUGUCGCCCAUCUCCACCUAUAGAAGUCCCUACCGGAUCAGGGAGGCUCGUUUUAUCACGUCCACCCCACGCCUGGAGCCUCGAGCUGGGGCUGAAAGUCCAGGUCCGUCCCCUAUUGUUAUCAUCCCUGCCACUCCUGGUACAACACCAGGCCCCACCCCAGGUGGGAGCCCUUGUACGUCCACCUCUGCUGCUGCUUCUACGCCUGGAACUAUCACACCUGCUGCUUCAACUCCUGGUGCUUCAACUCCUGGUGCUUCGACUCCUGGUGCUUCGACUCCUGGUGCUUCGACUCCUGGUGCUACCACACCCGGUAUUCCAAUUGUUCCACUCACUCCAGUCAUCUCCCACGCUCGCAAACAGAUGGUCCAGUUUGUGGGCAGUAAAGAGAGAAUGGUGUAAGGAGGAUGGGGGGUAAAGGGGAAGAACAACUGGGUGGGCUUUUUUUAGUUUAGCAGUUAAGGAUAUACAUGAAUUCAUUCAUUAACUAACUUGGGGAAGGUUUGGCGGGGAGUUCAUUUGAAUCAGUCAUAGAAGGAUAUACCAUAUACAUUAUUAUUUAUGUUUUUCCCCUGACAUGCAGAUACAAAGGUUACAUAUGCAGAAAAUUAGGGUGCAUAGGUAGCACACUUGCCAACCACUGCAGGGACAUUGACUCAAUUCUUAAUAGUUGUACCUCUGACCUUGCCGUAUGUUCCAAUAGGCAGAUUUCGCAGUGUUUAUAGAGGGAAGUCAGUGAUGGACCAGGUCCUUGUUGUUGCAUUAGCAACUCCUUGUUGGUUGGAGUGCCUACAGGGAGGAGGAUGUGAUAGUAUGAAACUCCUUGCAUGACCCUGUAAAAAGGGCGGAAAAGGGAAGCGUCUGGCAAAUUCUUGUCUAUGAGGCGAGGCACGGGGUUGUCUGCUUCCUAUAGAGGCCACCACAGGAGUUAGUGACAAACAUGGAUGUAUAAUACAAAGGAAUCGGCCAUUCCAAAUUGGGGGAUUUUUUUCAGUUCUUUAAAACCAUUUGAUGAAAAAAAUCGCUGUACAGUACAGAUCAUUAUUUACAGGAAAUUACAUCUGGGUAACUCAUCAAAAGAAAACACAGAUACAACUUCACAGGUGCUAAUGCUAAUGUCGGGCAUCCCUUUCAUUCAUUUAGAUAAACCCUUACUCUUGGUAAUUUUUAAUCAUUAGAAACUAAACACUGAAAACCUAAUGCAGUUAAGGCUUAUUCAGGCAGUGGAGUCAGCUGAGAUUACUUGGAAUUAUAAGCUGUGAUGAAAUCACAAAGCAUAAACAAUCAAAGCAUAAAUGGAUGUUGGAUCUCAAUGAAGAAUAACCACCAGUUUACAAACACCAGACAUGCUGAAUCUCUCGUGACGCCACUCGCCAGUGUCUCUUUUCUUUACACUGUUGAAACAAUGAAACCAAUGAUCUGUUAUGAAAUAUAUAAAUAAUGCAGACUUAAUGUAAGUCCAAGCAUACCUUCAAAUGCUUUGAUGUUGUUAUGCUUGCAAAAGCUUAUUAUUAUUUUGUACAAAAGAUGACCAUCCCGUCCAGUUUUAAGGAAGCCACAUAUUCAUCCAAUCAGUUACUCGCUCUCUGAACUGUACGUUACAUAACACACAUUACUGACAUAUACAAAGAAACAGAACUGUAAGAUAGUCAUUCUGUUAAUGGAUGUCUUUAUUUUCAUGAAACUAUCAGAUAAGCAAAUGACAAAAAAGCAAAGGUUUGAGGGAAAAUCAUUUUAUAGAUUAUAUACUCUGCUUUCCUACUUUGCCAAGUGUAACUGCAAUCAUUUCAGUCGGCACUUUACAGCAGAAAAGGUCCAACUAAAGUAGCAUGAUAUUCUGCAGACUACACUAUGAUUAUAACAUGAGAAUAUGUCAAAGGAGAAUCACAUGAUGUUUCUGUUGUUACAUGCAUUUCAUUUUAAUCAUCUAAUAUUUUUUUUAAUUUGUUGAUGGCUUGUUUUUAGCUAUUUUAAUGAUCAGCUAUUUGAUAUAAAACGUAUCUUUUAAUGUGAUUGUUAUAAAUGUGUUCAUGACCUGCAGAAAUGCUUUGAAUCUCUAAAUAAAUACAUAAAUGUUUCCAUAAUUAGGCAAUUUCCCCCAUUUGGCCCUUUCAAAGAAAUUGCAAAUAAGGGACGAAAUUAAACUGGCAAGUUUUGUGACAAAGAAAAGAUGAAGUACAACAAAAAGACAACUUCUGCACGACAUAUUUAAUGAGUGUGUGUUCUUGUCUCUAACAGAGAAGAGGUCACUUUUAUGAACACCUGACAAUCACAUUUUGUUUCUUUUUUUAGUUGAUGAAAGAAGGGAAGAGCACAAAAGAGGAUAAGAUAUAAUAUAUGAUAUAUGAUAUAUGACAAUGAACCGCAGUAGCAGCAGUUCUGUGCACUGUUGCUGUGAGAGUUGCUGUGGUGACCAACGACCUGUAUACUGUAUGUGUGCAGGGAUGGAAGUUCACUACCUAUUGUGUUUUUUCUGAUUAAGCAUUACAUUUAAAAGCUUGUGCCCUAAAUUCUUGUGAUCCUGAAGUGAUUUAAAUUUUAAAUUUAUUCUCUUAUUAUUAGCAUUUAUUUAGCAUUAUCUUGGGAUUUUUUGCGUUCAUUUAUUCACGUUGGUUUUAUUGAAGAGCACACAGUGAGCAGGCUGUUGGCGGCACAUGUAGGCCUACUUGUGAAAUACAAUGUCAUCAAAGGUGACUAUGUGCACAAGUUAUGCCUGAAACCAGCUGCUCUUUUAAAAUACUAAUAUCAAGGUUAAUUCCUGUACAGGAAAUUGUUGCCAUUCAGUUUUGUGUUAAACAAGAAAAAACUUUUUUUAGAUGCAGACAAUCCAUAUCAGUGAACAUAAAAGAGGAAAUCUAGUCUUAAUGAAUAGCUAUAACUCUAAAUGUCUUCGGUAUUCUUUUGUAAAGCCCAUUAUACUCACAAAUACGCCUCGUCCUUCCGCCUAUCCUUUAGUUUAGUUGAACCUCCUACCUCAGUAAAACUGAAUUUCAAAGUGACAAAACUGGUUUUAUUAUCUUUUUAUGUUGCAGUGAGAAAAUGUACUUGCUCACUGUAUGACUGAAAUCACCUUUGUUUAACUGUAUAAAACAUUUUUGAUAUUGUAGCUCACAGAAGGAGGGAAACAAUGAAAGGGGCAUAGAAAUGUUGCAUAAAGGUAAAUCCUGGGUAAUACCCAGUGGCUAUAAUGUGCUGCUAUGAGAUUCAAGUUCGGUCAAUGUCGGUAUUAUGUAAUGUUAUGAAUAUUAUUUAUUUCAAUAUGUGAAAUCUGAUUGUAAUCACAGAAUUAACAAUAUCAGUCUUCCAUGUAUCUUCUAUUUUAACUAUGCUAUAUUAUUUUACUUUCUUUCUAUCUAAACAAAUAUAAUAACUAUAAAAUAAGGUCUAUAUCUGUAAUGAGCAGCAAAAUGUUUGGUGAUAAAACAAGGGCAGCACUUUGAGAAUAUAAAUUGGCGUUAAUGGAACAAAGUAGAGAAAAACAACUGUGUCAAACUGUUUUCCAUAUACCUGCUGAUAGCUAGAUAAAGGAGUCGCUGCAUGUUACUCGUUCAUCCAGACAACUGUAGAAAGCACCUACUGUAACUACACACACAUGCACACAGACACAUUACAAUAGUUAACACACAUGCUAGAAUGUAUGUGUACGCAAAAGCAAUAAGCCAGCUAAUAAAAUGUAUCUUAGUGCACUAAUUCAAAAAUAUCUUGUAUAAACACGCUUUAGAUGGCAACGAUGCCUUGGCUUUGAUCAUCAUGAAUCAGCGCUUUGCCUUGCUUGUCUUAUAUAUGUGUCUUUAUAUUAGAACAAUAUGCUUUGCUUUGUGUACCAGGUGUGUGUAAUAAUCUUCACUUGUGUUUCUAAUUUGUCUCAUUUUGUAUUUUUUAAAAAUGUCCUUCUUUUAUAUUUGGUCACAUGUACUGUUAUGAAAUGUGUGGGCAGCCACGGUGCAGUGUGUCAAGGUUUUGUGCUGAAGUUUCACAUGUGAAUUGUUUCAUUAACAGACUGAAAUUAGUUUGCUGAUUGAGCGUAACGUCACUUUGUCACCGGACGGCCUCCAUUUAUCAACAUGCGUCACCUCGUCUCUGCAAGGAUUUCCACAGAGCAGCUGUGGUUGGUGAUAGUGAGUCAAUUGCUGUGCUAUUGAUGUGACAAAAUAAAGUCAUUAGUCAUGAUCAAA